UUCAUGGUUGAAAGCAUGCUAGAACCAACACCUACCCUUUACUUUCUGAAGCAUUCUAAAUUCACAAGCUCAAACUUUCAACAAGUGUCUUUUAGACCAUUUUCUACUGAAGUCCCUGAAAACACAAAACAACAAUGGGUUUUCGUCUACCUGGUAUUAGAAGGGCAUCUGCAAAUCAAGCAUCUUCAAAAGCUGUGGAGGUGCCAAAGGGCUAUCUUGCAGUCUAUGUUGGAGAAAAAAUGAAGCGGUUUGUGAUUCCAAUAUCAUACUUGACCCAACCUUCGUUCCAGGACUUGUUGAGUCAAGCUGAGGAAGAGUUUGGAUAUGAUCAUCCAAUGGGUGGUCUUACAAUUCCCUGCAGUGAAGAUUUCUUCCAAGAAAUAACUUCACGAUUGAAUAAGCUAUAAAUUUGUACUGUAGAAGACAGACGUAGAUUUGUAGAUACAUUUUGUACAAUAGGCAUCUGUCGAAUUGUUUGGAUCCCCUUUUUGAGAAAUAUGAGAAAUGAAAGAUCAUUAUAAGGACAAGUUUGUUCCAUUUUUGUUUAGUGAAAAUGAAUUCAACAAUUUAGUC